GUCCCCAUGUACUUUCACUAUAUUCGGCGUUAUCCUGUGUGUUUUCUUCAUGGGUCUAAUAGUCUCGUCUUCCUUCCUCAACAGGCCUGUUAUUGUUAUUAGCGGUUAAUUUACGGCAGACAUUUCAACGAACUUAUUACACUGCUGUGUAACAGUACCUAAUUGUUUACUGGCACAGUUCGUAACUUGUUUUUGAAGAACAGUUAGCCCCACACCUGUGCUAAAGUGCAUUGCUAACUACAAAAGUAGCUGCAACUAUCAUUGAGUAUUUUCAUUGUUCGAAGUAGCCUAAAGGGCGUGUGUCGCAGGACACAAAGCUCUCGUCUCGGUAGCGCAUCAUGGGACUGUCGUCUAACUUCCCUGUAGCUGGGCUGCUCAUUGGCUUUUCCUUGUUGGCGUGUUUAUAUAUCAACCACUUGUCCAGCCACGCAGACAGACUGGUUAUGUCAGUUCGCGAUGAACAAAAUGUUAACAGGGCUCACGAACUUUUUCAUACACGUGUUUCUAAUCCACCUAAACCACAGAACGAUUCGAGGAGCGUCAGCCACACAAAAAAAUACCAAAAGGCUGUUGUUCCCAGGGUUAGUGAAUGCACCAUGGCUGUAGAGAGUAGGUUUGAUUGUGCCAGGGACAGGGUUCUCAGCCAGGGGGAGUGUGAGGAGAGGGGAUGCUGCUAUUCUCCUCUGAAUGACUCUACAGGACCCCCUUGGUGCUUCUACCCACGUUUGUACCCUGGUUAUAAAAUGGGUCCUCUGACACCUACCGCACGGGGCCAGGCUGCCACCCUGACUCGUGCCAGCCCCUCAUAUCUACCCAGAGAUAUCUCCACAUUAAGCCUAGAAGUCAUAGAAGAGGCAAGAGGCUGCCUGCACUUCACUUUGAAGGACCCAACAUCGCAGCGAUAUGAAGUUCCUCUCCCAGGUGGCAUUCCUCAGAGCAAAGUCGACACACAGGACGUCCUCUAUACCACUGAAUACCAGUCUAACCCAUUUGGCUUCAUAGUGCGCCGAAAAUCCAAUGGCAGGGUGAUUGUGAACACGACUGUUGCUCCUCUGCUGUUUGCCGACCAGUACUUGCAGCUGUCCACCUCGCUGGCUUCUUCCUUUGUGUCCGGCCUUGGGGAGCAUUACACCUCUCUCCGCUUGGACCUUAACUGGACUUCUUUGACUCUCUGGAACAGAGACAUGGCACCUCAUGCUAAUGCUAACCUCUAUGGCUCCCACCCAUUUUACAUAGUACAGGAAGAGGAUGGUUUUGCACACGGAGUUUUCCUUCUUAAUAGCAACGCAAUUGAGGUGAUGUUGCAGCCGACCCCUGCUCUCACCUGGGUGUCCACCGGUGGAAUCCUGGAUCUGUUCAUUUUCUUGGGUCCUGAUCCACAAAGUGUUAUACGACAGUACCUCCAGAUCAUUGGCUAUCCCAUGAUGCCCCCCUAUUGGUCAUUAGGCUUUCAUCUGUGUCGCUGGGGUUACACGACAUCGAAUACAACUCGGAAGGUUGCACAACACAUGCACAAUGCCAGCUUUCCCAUGGAUGUGCAGUGGAAUGACCUGGACUAUGCAGAUAAGCAAAGGGUGUUCACCUUUGACCCCUGGCGAUUUGGGGACCUACCGGAGAUGGUGGAGGAGUUUCAUAAGAGAGGCAUGAAGUACAUCCUUAUACUGGAUCCGGGGAUUAGCAGCACCAGCCUCCCUGGAACUUACACUCCCUUUGAUGAUGGACUGAAACGAGAUGUCUUUAUUAAAAAUGCCACAGGACACAUCCUGAUAGGGAAGGUUUGGCCAGGCCCAACAGCCUUCCCUGACUUCACCAACCCAGAGACCAGGCAGUGGUGGGAGGACUGCAUCAGAGAUUUUCAUUCUAAAGUUCCUGUGGAUGGUUUGUGGAUUGAUAUGAAUGAACCAGCCAAUUUUGUCCAGGGCUCAGUGGAGGGAUGUCCUGGCAGUGAUGUCGAGAACCCGCCCUACACACCCAAGGUGGUGGGAGGCCAGCUGAACUCUGGGACUCUCUGUAUGUCAGCUCAGCAGAAGCUUUCCAUUCACUACAACCUACACAAUCUGUACGGACUCACAGAAGCUUACGCAACGCACAGUGCUCUUAUAAAGAUACGCAGGAAGAGACCCUUUGUCCUGUCCCGCUCCUCUUUCCCUGGCAUCGGACGCUACUCUGCAGUGUGGACAGGAGACAUCAGGAGUGACUGGGAGCAGCUUCGAUUCUCCAUUCCUGCGGUGCUGCGAUUCGGCCUGUUCGGGGUGCCUCUGGUGGGAGCGGACAUCUGUGGCUUUGGAGGCGACACCACCGAGGAGUUGUGUGUGCGAUGGAUGCAGCUCGGAGCCUUCUACCCGUUUAUGAGAAACCACAACGACAGGCUCAAUGCUCCUCAGGAGCCCUAUGUAUUCGGGCAGAAGGCCCAGGAAGCCAUGCGGAGUGCGUUGAACCUUCGUUACUCGCUCCUCCCGUUCCUCUACACGCUAUUCCACCACGCUCACACUUCUGCCGACACUGUGGCCAGGCCACUGUUCAUGGAGUUUCCCGCAGAUCCUAACUGCCAGACUAUAGACAGACAGUUCCUGUGGGGCAGUUCACUUCUCAUUAGCCCGGUUUUGGAGCAAGGGGCAGAAGAGCUGGCCGCGUACCUGCCCCCAAGUACUUGGUACAGCUUGCACAACGGUCAGCCUUUCUACAGUGUGGGUCAGUACUUGCUCCUGUCAGCCCCUCUGGACACUAUCAACGUUCAUGUGAGGGAGGGACACAUUAUCCCCCAGCAGGUACCUGCUUUGACAACCUCGGCCUCGCGAGCAAACCCUUUCUUCCUGACGGUGGCGCUGUCAGCUGGUGGCUGGGCCUGGGGUGACCUGUUCUGGGAUGACGGCGACAGUCUGGACACCUUUGAGAUGCAAAACUACUGUUACGUUAUCUUCAUGGCCGGACAGUCCCAGAUUGUGAGUAACCCUCUGAAGUUGAACGGGGCUCUGGACGGUCUGGUGCUGGGGUGGCUGCAGGUGUUCGGAGUGCCCUCACCACCUCGCUACGUGUUAGCAAAUGGGGAGAAAGUCAGUGACUUUACAUAUCGCACUGACACAAAGGUUCUGACAGUGACUAACCUGGCCUUACCUAUGUCGGAGGCGUUUACAGUCCAGUGGGCUCUCUCUCGCUGAAUUUUAUGACCCACAGGCCUCUGGAAAGCCUUGCCUUCUGAACUGCUGCUGAAAAAAACAAAAAAACAACAGAUGCAUUUUCCUGCAGUGACACCUAGAGACUUCUUUAAGCCACUGCAGCAACAUCAUGGCUCAUCAUUUCUAGGACACUUUUGCUGCUAAUUGCUACCAAAAUCCUGAUUAAUGUUUAAUUCUUUGUGAAUGUACAGUGUAUAGUUUUUGAAGGAAUAUUUUUAAUUGUAUUUUUGAAAAAAAUGUUUAUACGUGCUUUUCCUGAAAUAUAAAUAAAAAUGAGGAAAAAUUAACAAUGUCCCUGGAUUCAGUUCUGGGAACAUUCCUUAGAGAGCUUGGUCCAUACUGAGAGUUGGUGACUCAGUUGGUACCAAGGGGCCCAAAGUGUGCCAUGUAAAAAUAUCCUCCACACCAUUACACCAAGCACCACUUGCCUGAACGGCUGAAACAAGGCACGGUGGAUCCACGCUUUCACAUUGUUUGUCCCAAAUUCUGACCCUACCAAUCUUAAAGAAAAAUCAGGACCCAUUAGACCAGGUAAUGUUUUUCCCAACUGUCUUGAAUUUUUUGCUCUUGUAUGACAGGACUGGUACUCCACGUGUUGUUCUGCUGCUGUAGCCCAUCUUCUUUAAGGCUUGAUGUGUUCAGAAAUUCUCCUCUUUGUACCUCGGUUGUAACAAGGAGUUAUUUGAGUCAUCGUCUCCUCUGACCUCUGGCUUUUUCCCCUUUAUUUGCCACAUUAAAAGUCGCUAAAUUCACCUCUCUAA